AUGAACAGUGUGUUCAUUCUAGUUUUGUCAAUCUGCUGUACUUACGGUCUAGCCUCUGAACAAGAAAUAACAACGUUUUACAAUGACAAUGAUUCUAUUGAUGCUGUCGGAGCACUUGCACAAAAAGUACAAGAGAAAAUCAAACCUAUUGCAAACCGACACAACAUGCAAGUUAAUGUUCUGAGACCUGCUCCAAACCCAAUUGUCGGUCCACUGUUAAGUUGGUCUGUCAUUUGCAAUGAAUAUUCAGAGAUAAUAAGAGAUUUCAAAAAUUUGGAACCGCCUUCAGGGAUGACAAAAUUACUCACACCGAAUUUAUUUAAAACACCGAUUGCAAAAAGGAUAAACGAAUGGUUAUCAAAAGUGCAUGAAGUGAAAAUGAAGCUUUCAGCAUUAAGAAACAACGAGGUUACCGAUGAUCAAUGAUGGAGUUUUGCGUCAUUAAACUGUUUAAAAUAAAUUGAUCCGUUUCA